AGCCGGCGUACCCAGCACCCGCACAGCCGGCCUACCCAGCACCCGCACAACCAGGCUACCCAGCACCCGCACAGCCGGCCUACCCAGCACCCGCACAGCCGGCCUACCCAGCACCCGCACAACCAGGCUACCCAGCACCCGCACAACCAGGCUACCCAGCACCCGCACAACCAGGCUACCCAGCACCCGCACAGCCGGCCUACCCAGCACCCGCACAACCAGGCUACCCAGCACCUGCUCAGCCAGGCUACGCCAUGCAGCAGCAGCAGCAGCAGCCGGCAUUCUACCCGGAAGUCCCCAAGUAAGGCCGCUGUGUAG